AAACGCGCAUGGUCUCAAAAGAUUCUGCUGGUUCGCAGCAGGAAACCCCGAGAUCGGAUUAUAAAAGAAAAGAUGGAUGUGUUGAAAGAAAAGAUGGAUGUGUUGAACGAUUUCCAGCGAUUUUUUUUCUCUAUGAGUCGUUUUGCUUCGUUUCCCUGGACUUUUCUAGAAAAAGACCUGCAAAGCAACAAAUCAUCGCAAUUCAUUUUAGAUAUCUUGAAACAGACAUGUCUUCACUCUCUGUGCACAAAGUUUCCACCAUCAGUCAAAUACAGGAGGCUGUUCAUCUCCGAGCUCAUCAGACAGCAAGAGGCGGCAGGCUGCGACCCUCUGGAUGAGCUGUACGACGCUCUGGCCAAGGUGCUGGGAGCUGAAGACACGCCUGACUGCUACAAGAGCUACUUACUGCCCUGUGGUGACUCAGUCAGCCUGUUGGAGAACGUCGCUCUGAUCUCAGAGGGAACCACCGGUCUGGUGACCUGGGAGAGCGCCCUCUACCUGGCAGAGUGGGCUCUGGAUCACCAGCAGGCCUUCACCGGCAGGUACGGUACCACCACCCCAACAUUGAAGGAAUAG